AUGAGGGACUGCCCCUGGCUGAUGAUCAGCAUCUAUUCCGUUUCCCGGGAUAACCGGAUGCGCCUGCACAGCAUCAAGAAGGUUUUCGUGAACCUUCUGGAUAGCACCCUGAGAAGGGAAGGUGCCUGCAUUUCGCACUUCGGCAUCGCACAUUCUGGGCGUACCCUCAUCCUGGCUGGCAACCGGCUCCUGCAGCUCUUCUCCAUCAAGGCAGGGACGAAGAACAUCGAGCUCUGCGACUUGGAAGGGGCGGUGGACUGCGAGUCGCACAUCCUGAAUCGCGAUUCGGCUGCCUCUGACCCGACUACGGUGACGGCUGUGUGCCCUCUGCCGAUGGAGCCGGGAACCCAAAGUCGACUUCUGGACUGGAUCUGGCUGGGCCUGAGCAACGGAGAAAUGUUCGGCAUUCUGGUUGAGGAGCAUGCGCCAGAGAAGUUCUCCGUGCACAAAUCUUCGGGACGCUUCAAGCGGAACACGCACUGCCAGGGAGUGCCCAUCUACGCCAUCAUGUCGGUGAGUCAGCCCUCGGCGGCGUCUGCCCAAAGCAUCUACUACAGCCUCACUAUGCGACGACGGGACAUGUGCCCCAACACCGUCCUCUCGAUCGGUGCUGAUGGGAGGCUUCUGCGCACGGAGCGCUGCACGCAAACGCACCAGUGGGUCCCUUCCGGCGAGCGCCUGUGCUUCCGAUAG